GUUUCACGUUCAGGGCAGGUCUCUAUUUGGUCACGUGAUAUUUACAUUGUUGCGAAUCCGGAAACCGCCUUCACCACCAUCAUCCACGACGCGCCCAACAUUCAGCAAUGUCUAUACAGUACCGACAAGACAUGCCUCCACCCGGGGGCUUCGAGGCAGUCAAGUACAAACGAAACCUUCCUUUUCGUGGUCCAAGUGGCCUAGUCAUUCUAGGAGCUGUGACAGCCGUGUGUGCAUAUGGGUUCUACCGUGUUGGGAUGGGAAACCUAGAAAGAAGGGAACUGGAAAGAGAGAAAGUUUGGUCUCGUAUCCACCUUGUUCCCUUGUUGGUGGCGGAGGGGGAUCGAGAUGCGUAUCGUCGGCAGGAAGCUGCAUUGGAACGGGAGCGAGAGAUUAUGAAGGAUGUUAAAGGAUGGGAGCCUGGUAAAAGUGUCUAUAACAAUGCACGAUAUCGUUCUGCAGAAUCGAUUGUGGUGUUAUGAUUAUGAUUAGUUUCUUUGUAGAUUCACAAUCAAAUUAUUAGAUCUUUUAGCCGUAAAAGCGCAGUGUUGAAUGUAGAAGCUUCCAUUGACCAGAGACAGAGGGGCGCCACACAGCAUUAUGAUCUGGUCCCGCCAUUGCUAUAUCGCGGGUUAGUUCUACCGGUGGCGGAUGG